AUGCCGCCCAUAAAAUACAGGAUUGACUGUGAGAAGUACGCCGUAAUAUCAAAUUUUGAGAAACGGGGAUGGCAAAGAACAAGCGGAAGUGAUUGGAAUAUUUAUUGGGCCCCUGUAGCGGUUGUGCAGAAAAUGUUCGCUAUAGGCUCUAAAAGCAGACCCACAGAUGCACAAAUAGUCAAUCACUUUCCCAACCACUACGAACUCACUCGAAAAGACCUGAUUGUUCGCAAUAUGCGGAAGUACCGGAAGGAUCUCGAGGCGAAAAAUUCGAUAUUCUGCAGACCAGACCCCGAGACAGGAAAGGCAUACAUAGAUUUUAUACCAUUGACCUACUUGCUUCCUAGCGAAAGCACCAUGUUUGCCGAAGAACUCAAAGGAAACAAGAAGACACCAUUCAUAUUGAAGCCGGCCGGCUCUGCACAAGGGCGGGGGAUCGAGCUUAUCUCUCGGAUGGCCCAGUUCAAGAAGUGGCAGGUGUCUCAGGCCAAUUCUAGGACGAUAUACCUGGCGUCUAAAUAUAUCAAUCGGCCCCUUCUGGUGGGGAAUAAGAAGUUUGACAUUCGUAUGUACGUCCUGGUCACGUCCUACAGCCCCCUCAAGGCCUACAUUUAUCAGCAUGCAUUCUGCAGAUUCUGCACCGUGGAGUAUUCUCUAGACCCGGGUGAUCUAUCUAAUCCAUUUGUCCACCUUACCAAUGUGGCCGUUCAAAAGCAUGGAGAAGCGUACAAUAGUAGGCAUGGCGGUAAGUGGGACAUUGAAAAUCUGAAGUUGUAUAUUUCUGCGCAUUACGGCUAUGAAGCCGUUAACAAGUGUUUUGAGAAGAUUCUGUUCACCCUCAUACACUCACUGAAGGCCGUGCAAUCGUCAAUGGUCUUUAGCAAGUCGUCGUUUGAAUGCUAUGGAUAUGACAUCCUCAUAGAUGAAAGACUCCAUCCAUGGCUUCUGGAAGUCAACGCAAGCCCGUCCCUCACGUGCUCCACAGACGCAGAUAGACUCAUGAAGUGCAAGCUUCUGGAUGAUGUCUUGAAGAUCAUCAUCCCUCGGAACUUUCCACCCCCAGAAGGAUCCAGCAAUAACGCCAAACGGACAGUCAACGUCGAAGAUGUGGAGGACACGGGAGACUUUAGCCUACUCAUAGAUGAAUUCAAGAACCCCAACGCAGCCAACGAGGGUUGGAUAUACUGCUCUGGUGCCCUCUCAAGUAAGUAA